UGUAAGUGUUUCUCUUAACUCGUGACCAUUAUCCCCAUUAUCGAUUUUUUAAUGAACGUACAUUGUAAUUCAGUGUGUGUGUCAGUAUCAGUGUGAUUCCUGGGUUUGGUUAAAACCGACAUCGCCCAAAAGAGCCAGAUAAUAAAUAUCUGGAUAUUUAAUAAAAUAAAUAAUUUAUUUUAUUUACAUCUUUGAUAUUUGUAUCUGAAUUUAUAAACUAAGAAAAUGGGCUCGCUUUUCCGAAGUGAGGAAAUGACCUUGUGUCAGCUCUUUUUGCAAAGUGAAGCUGCUUAUGCUUGUGUUUCUGAACUAGGAGAACUUGGGCUUGUGCAAUUUCGUGACUUAAACCCUGAUGUCAAUGCAUUCCAACGUAAAUUUGUCAAUGAAGUCCGUCGUUGCGACGAAAUGGAACGUAAGUUACGUUACCUGGAAAAAGAAAUUAAGAAGGACGGGAUUCCGAUGCUGGACACUGGAGAAAAUCCAGAAGCACCACAACCCCGUGAGAUGAUUGAUUUAGAAGCGACAUUCGAGAAGCUAGAAAAUGAACUACGGGAAGUCAAUCAAAAUGCCGAGGCGUUAAAGAGAAAUUUUUUAGAGCUCACUGAACUCAAGCACAUUCUACGUAAGACUCAGGUCUUUUUCGAUGAGCAAGAGCACGCAGGCUUGAACCCCACCGAGUCCAUGACACGCGCGUUGAUUAGUGAUGAUAAUAUCGCCCGCCAGUCCGCCCUUGGUCCUGUCCAGUUGGGUUUUGUCGCCGGUGUUAUUCUGAGAGAAAGAAUUCCGGCGUUUGAACGAAUGCUGUGGCGAGCAUGCAGAGGAAAUGUAUUUUUACGUCAAGCCGAAAUUGAAUCUCCGUUAGAAGAUCCAUCAACUAGUGACCAAGUCUACAAAUCAGUUUUCAUUAUUUUCUUCCAAGGAGAUCAAUUGAAAACACGCGUUAAGAAAAUUUGUGAAGGAUUCCGCGCAACUCUUUACCCAUGUCCUGAAGCACCUGCUGAUAGACGUGAAAUGGCAAUGGGUGUUAUGACACGUAUUGAAGAUUUGAAUACUGUACUUGGUCAAACUCAAGAUCAUCGUCACCGCGUGUUAGUAGCAGCAGCGAAGAAUUUAAAAAACUGGUUCAUCAAAGUCAGAAAAAUAAAAGCCAUUUACCACACACUCAAUCUAUUCAAUCUGGACGUCACGCAAAAAUGUUUGAUCGCCGAGUGUUGGGUUCCUGUGCUCGAUAUCGAGACAAUUCAAUUAGCUCUACGUCGGGGAACGGAACGUAGUGGAAGCUCAGUACCUCCGAUACUGAACCGUAUGGAGUCAUUUGAAGACCCGCCGACUUACAACCGGACCAACAAAUUUACCAAAGGAUUCCAGGCGCUCAUCGAUGCCUACGGAGUUGCUUCAUACCGCGAAAUGAACCCGACACCAUACACCAUAGUAACUUUUCCAUUUUUGUUCGCCGUCAUGUUCGGAGACUGCGGCCACGGCUUGAUAAUGUUCUUCUUCGGACUCUGGAUGGUCUUGAAAGAGAAGCCUCUGUCUGCCCAAAAGUCCGACAAUGAAAUAUGGAACAUUUUCUUCGGUGGUCGGUACAUAAUAUUCCUGAUGGGAGUCUUCUCCAUAUACACCGGUCUCAUUUACAACGACAUGUUCUCGAAAUCUCUUAACAUAUUCGGCUCCUACUGGUCAGUCAAUGAAGACUGGAAGACCAUCAACACAAACAAGGGCCUGUCAUUAGACCCAAUUCCGGAUUACGCCGGGUAUCCUUAUCCUCUUGGUAUGGACCCGGUCUGGCAGCUGGCGGAAAACAAGAUUAUAUUUUUGAACUCAUACAAAAUGAAAAUAUCAAUAAUAUUCGGGAUAAUCCACAUGUUGUUUGGUGUAGUGGUCGGUCUGAAAAAUCACUUGUACUUCAAGAAACCGCUUAAUAUAAUCUGUGAAUUUAUUCCCCAAGUUAUUUUCCUGGUAUUCUUGUUCCUGUACAUGUGUCUGUUGAUGUUCAUAAAAUGGACGUCGUACGCCGCGACCAACCCGGACCCGUACGGAACCCACUGCGCGCCGUCUAUUCUAAUCACAUUCAUCAACAUGGUCCUGUUGGCUACUCCGAAGGUCAAGGAUCCCAAGGACCCGUGCGAGGAAUUCAUGUACGGCGGGCAGUUUGGCCUCCAGAGAUUCUUGGUAGUGAUUGCGCUGCUCUGCGUACCGGUGCUGCUGCUCGCGAAGCCUAUCAUGAUAAUGCGCGGACGCAAACAGCACCAGCAGUUGAACAAUCAUGGACAGGAGAAUGGAGAUGUUGAGGGUGCGGGUGCUGUGGUGCAGAAUCCGGUCCACAAAGAAGAGGAAGAAGAAAUGAGUGAGAUUUUUAUUCACCAGGGAAUACAUACUAUUGAAUAUGUACUCGGUAGUAUUUCACACACUGCUUCUUAUCUACGUCUUUGGGCUCUUUCACUUGCUCAUGCUCAAUUAUCUGAAGUAUUGUGGAACAUGGUAAUGAAAAUUGGGCUCACAAGCGGUGACUGGUUCGGAGGAGUUGUACUGUGGGUAUUAUUUGCCUUCUGGGCAGUACUGACUGUCGGGAUUCUGGUACUCAUGGAAGGAUUGUCCGCUUUCCUUCACACCCUACGUCUCCAUUGGGUCGAGUUCCAGAGCAAAUUCUACGGAGGUACCGGGUAUACUUUCAGCCCAUUUUCCUUCGAAAUUAUUUUAGACUCCGCUCAAGCUACUCCCGAGGAGUGAAUACAAUAAUAAUUAUCAUUAUUAUCAGUAUCUGUAGCUGUAGAUCUUCAAUGUCUACGCAUUAAAUUAAAUUUAUCAAAAGCCGGUUUGUUCUAAAGAUAAAUAUCUAAAUAUCUAUCGACGAUUAAAUGAUUAAGUGAAUAAAUAAAAAUUAGAAAUUAAAAAUAAAUAUUUGUUUUAAAAUAGACAAUAGAUCUGAUGGAAUUUUAAAUGUUGUAAUUGAAUGAUUAUUUAAAUGCAUGUUAUAUUUGAUCAAAUUUAUCUUCAAUGGCAGUAUGUACGUUAUCAAUAAAAAUGUUUAAUGUUCUUUAAUUUA